CUCGGCAUAACCUACCUCAGCCGAAUAUCCAUACUGGCCCCGGACGUCCCCUGGCCACCUUCUCAAUCACAUACUAGCGCGCGUUCUGUUAGGUGCAUUUACGCUUCUGGCCCGCCGAACCUCCAGCCAUCCAUGCGCGCGCGCGCGCACCCCACGUCUUCUAUCCCAACUCCGUCAUCGAACCCUCCCAAUGUGCUCGCGCCCGCCUCCAGAACGAGAACACAAGCCGUUCUCCUCGCGACCGUCGCGGCGCAGGGCAAGGACGCGAUCGCGCUGCCAAACAGGCUCGCCUUCCUCAUCCUUGCCACACUGGCAGCACGUCAGCCCAGGGGCGCCCGUCGGUCGCCCGCGGCCCGCCACGCUCGCGCGACAGGCCCUCUCCAUGCCUCGAGACCGGGCUCGCGGGGCCGCAUGAUCAGAGGGCCGCAGCGCGGGCGCGAUCCGCGCCCCGUGCUGUCGCAGACUCGCACGUCCCAGUCGAGAUUGGCUCCUCCCGGCCGGCCUCGGCGGACGCGGGGAGUGUGCGGCAAGCUGCUGCUGCGGUCCUCGUAGUACUGAGUGUUUGCUGCAGUCGCGUCCUGAACUCUCCUAUGCGUUCGCGAUGCAUCUGCGCAGUCGUGGAAUCCUAUCAUUUCUUGCAUCGCUCGAAUCUACGGCGGUUCUGUUUGGGAUGGCCAGACAUGAUGUGAUGUGUGAUGUGCGCAUCGCUCGCGGGGGGUGUAUAUCGAGGCAUCCUUGUAUUUCGACACAGAGACGCGCCUUGGGAUGCCGCACGGAGCACGACACCUGCCGCCGCGGUGGCACGGUCAAGCCCGGGGCCAUCUGCCGCCACUGACAUCCGCAGCGCCGCAAGCCCUCUGCAGACUCCCACAACACUUCCCUGUCCGCCCGAAUCUCGUACGCUCCGCGACGGUGUCGGAGGAUGCGUGUGUCCAAUCCCCCAUUCGCAUUCAACGGCGACCCAACAAGAACGCCGGGACACAAAGCCAACAGCUGCGACGACCGCCGACUGACGUCCCUCGUCUCUGCGGUCUCGACGUGUGCGUUCCACGCUUCCCAUCGGGCUCGUGGCACGCACUCCUCCUCCUCCUCCUCCUCUCCUCCGAUCGGGAGAAUCACGACCGCGGGGAGCGCCAGCAGCAGGUGCGAUGGCGCGGUUUCCAGAGACAUGACGCUGGCCGGCUUCCAUCGUUCGCGCGGACCCACAUUCGCAACCACAGCGGGAACGCGAAUGUGACGGUUCGCGAGCGAGCUGCCGGGCGGAGAGGGGCUCGUCUGUCUGAUCGCGCCGGGCGACAGACCUCCUUGCACCGGAGGCGGGCUCGCCGCUCGGACUCGCGCCCGACCGCGGAUGGUGGAGUGCACGAUCAGCCCGGUGUGGAGGGCUUGGAGGCUGCGUUGGCUUCAACUGUGGACAAGCUGAUGCGAGGCGCAAGAUGUGCGGCGGGCGAUGGGCGAUAUCAGGAAGAGCGAGAUCGUCAGUCCGGAGCAUAGGCCAUGUGCCGUAUAUGGCAGCGUGAGUCCUGCACGCCGGCGGGCGCAGAUCAGUUCUUGACGAGCGAUGAUGGGGUCCGAGCCCGCGAUGGCACUGGCACUGGCACUGGCCUCGCACGCACGCACGCACGCACGCACGCACGCGCACAGCUGCAGAGCUGGUCGGUGUGUGCGGCCGCUCGCGGUGAGAGGGCGACGGACGAGCAGCGCGCAUCGACGUCGAAACGGCGCUCAUCGCAUUCUGGACAAUCCACCGAAGACGGGCCACAUCCACCCACCGCCGGAUGUGGGCGAGUUCUAGCGGCCACACUCGGAUUUUCGCAGCACGAGUGUGGACCGCCUAUCGCGAUAUGCGGGUCCAGCGCGGAUGAGCGCGAAUCCAAACUGACGCCAGCCAGACGGGCAUUUACGGUCAACAGGUGACUGGGGGGGGGGGAAAUCCGCGUGCGGCGGGGCGAAUGCAAACUAGUGAAACCCGUCCGGCGUUGAUGCUGGCUGGGAAUGCAGCUGGAGGUCUGGGCGGGCGCAGAGGCCGAAGCAGCUACGGUAGCGAAGCCGUGGCGUCUCUCGCGUGCGUGCAGGGCCGGUAGAAAGACGAGAAAAAAAUGGGCUGGAGUAGUACGGCAUCUGCAGCUGUGGGUGCGGAUGCGGAGGGCUAGGCGCGGGGAUGGGAGAGGGAAGGGAAGAUCUCGAACGAGACAAUCGCUUUCCAUAUUCCAUCGCCCAUAUCCAGCCCGGCGUUCCUCGCGCUCCCCGUCGCGCGGCGUCUCCCCGGGGGCGAGAGCCUAUAAUACCUCCCUCAGUCGUCACUCCCCUCCCUUUCUGUUUCCGCAGAGCGCACGACCGCCGCUCCCCAGCUGUACAUAUACACCCCGGGCCCCCCCCUCCCACUCCGUCGCAUCAUCCCCCUGCCUACCCUCUCCUCAUGGCCCACACGCGCUC